AUGUCCGACGACGACAAAGAGCAGCAGUUCCACAUUCAGCCUCACCCUGCCAAGUCCAACUUCCCCGGCUCGGACGCUGAGGCGACCCCCGGCCUCGGCUCGGCCCCGAACCUCGCCCACCUGCACGACAACCCGACCGGCGGCCGCGGGGAGAACCCUCACGUCACCGGCGCCAAGCUCGAGGAGCCCAAGUCGCGCGACGAGCUCAAGAGCCUCCAGGCGCAGCUCAACGACAACGCAGGCGCCGAGCAGUCGCGCCCUGGCUCGUCAAUGGAAGGGUCGGCCGGCGAGCUGUAG